GAGUGGUGACGCUGCCGGGGAGGCGCCGGGGCUGCUGCCAUGUAAAUCGGGGGAGUAUAAUUCUUAUUACACGUGUAUCAUGUACACAAGCCGGCACAGCAGCGCACAUACCGCCCGCCCGUCUGCCGACCGCGGGUGCACUGCAACUGCAGUAGUAGCUGCUUCCUGUUUCCGCCCAGGCCGGUGUACCAGGCUGUGACGGGCCAGUACAUGUCUCCGGCUGUCGGCGUCCGGAGGAGGGGUGCUCCCGCUGGGGGGAUCACCGGGGCCAGUCACACACUCUCGGAGACCGUGCGCCGGGUAUGGGGUUACCUGCUGCAGCUGCUCACCGACCCGCGGUACACGGCACUGCUGGGAGUGAGCCUGUGCCUGGCCGAGCUGGGGGUCACCCAUUGGGUCAUACAGAAGGUCCCUUACACAGAGAUAGACUGGAAAGCCUACAUGGAUGAGGUGGAAGGAGUGCUUAAUGGGACCUACGAUUACACUAAGCUCCAGGGGGAGACUGGACCCCUAGUGUAUCCUGCUGGAUUCGUGUACAUUUUCAGUGCUUUCUACUAUCUAACAGAGCAUGGAAGCAACAUUAGACUGGCUCAGUACAUCUUUGCUGUGCUGUACCUGCUAACACUGUUCCUUGUCUUUCGCAUCUACAUAAUUACCAAGAAGGUACCACCCUAUGUUUUCUUCUUCAUGUGCUGUGCGUCCUAUCGUGUGCACUCCAUCUUCCUUCUUCGGCUUUUCAAUGAUCCUGUGGCUAUGGUCAUCCUAUUCUUUUCCAUUAACCUGAUCCUGCAGGACCACUGGAGCUGGGGUUGCUUUUUCUACAGUCUGGCUGUGUCAGUCAAAAUGAACAUCCUGCUACUAGCGCCAGGCCUCCUGUAUCUCCUACUUUGUCGCUUUGGACUACUGCGCACACUUUCAAAACUUUGUAUCUGUGCUCUUCUCCAGGUGAUCUUGGCCCUACCCUUUCUGCUGGAGAAUCCAGCUGGAUACCUUGUACGAUCUUUUGAUUUGGGUAGACAGUUCCUAUUCCAGUGGACAGUAAAUUGGCGGUUUCUCCCAGAAUAUGUGUUCCAGCAUCGGGCUUUCCAUCUGGCAUUGCUCACAGCUCACCUCGCUGGAUUGUUGCUCUUUUGUUUUUACCGCUGGCACAGGUCUGGACAAAGUUUCUUGAUGAUCUUGAAGGAUCCAGCAUUAAGGAAGCAUCAGUCACAUCGUCUUUCAGCAAACAAGAUUAUAUUUGUCUUGUUCUCCAGUAACUUCCUGGGUGUAACCUUCAGCCGCUCAUUACACUACCAGUUUUAUGUCUGGUAUUUCCAUACACUGCCGUAUCUGUUGUGGUGCACGGACAACAGCGCCCUACCAGGACUUGCUAAGAUCCUCAUUCUCGGCCUUAUAGAGCUGUCCUGGAACACGUUCCCCUCCACUGCUAUGAGCUCUUGUGCUCUCCAUCUGUGUCAUGCAGCCAUUCUGCUCCAUUUGUGGUUUGGUGUACCACCACAUGAGACUUGUCCCCCUGAACCCAGCACACGGACUCCUCAUAGAAAGAAAGACUAAUCCCCUUAUUUACACCACAGAGUGGGACACUGUUGCCAGUAUGCAAAGUCAAUAGGGGGCAAAGAACACUGCUGUUUAGUUGUGAUCUGCUGUCUGUCUGAAGCUGUAAGGGGAAGGAGGAAAACAUAAUCUUUUCAUGUAUUUUUUUUUAAACGAAUAAAUAAUGUAAACGUU